GCUUUUGCGCAUGUGCAGAGUGAACCGCGGAGAAGGUGAAGAUGGCUGCCGCCCGGGCUGCGGCCCUGGGAGUCCGAUGGCUGCAGAGGACAACCCGGGGCGUGGUGCCACUGGAGGCACGGAGAGCCUUCCAUAUGACCAAGGACAUGUUGCCGGGGUCAUAUCCUAGGACCCCAGAGGAACGCGCCGCGGCCGCCAAGAAGUAUAACAUGCGAGUGGAAGACUACGAGCCAUACCCCGAUGAUGGCAUGGGGUAUGGCGACUACCCGAUGCUCCCCAACCGAUCACAGCAUGAGAGGGAUCCGUGGUAUCAGUGGGACCACUCAGAACUCAGGAUGAACUGGGGUGAACCGAUACACUGGGACCUAGACAUGUACAUCAGGAAUCGUGUGGACACGUCACCUACCCCUGUGUCCUGGGAUGUCAUGUGUAAACAUCUCUUCGGCUUUGUGGCUUUCAUGGUUUUCAUGUUCUGGGUAGGGCACGUGUUCCCUUCCUACCAGCCUGUGGAAUAGUCACUGCUGUGAGGAUCCAGGUCCUUGUCCUUCCCUCUACGUGCUGCCUGCCUGCAUUCCUGUUUUCCUGCUCUGAAAUUGGAAGGAUGGGAAGGAAGGUUAGGAAAUCAGUGUAAGAAAAUCAUAGGUCAUCUCACUGGGGAUGGGAGAGUGGUUUUCAGCUGCAGUCGCACAGCAGAGAGUGAAGGAUCCGCUGUUGCCCAUUUCCAGGGCCAAGAGGGAAGGGAGGUGCUCUCUUCCCAAUUUGGAACAAGAUUCACUUUCCUUAAAAACCAUUUUUGUGGAGCACAUCUAUAAUCUUAGCAUGCAGGAAGCUGAGGCAGGAGGAUUGCAUGUUUGAAACCGGUCUGGGCUACACAGUAAGGCUAUCAAGACCACCCAACUUUUAAGUAAUACUUGUUAGAUUUAAAGACAUGUGGUGUGUGCCUAUAAUCCCAGCACUUGGGAGGCUGAGGCAGGAGGAUCUCCAUGGGUUCAGGACUAGUCUAGGCUAUCUAGUGAGUUUGAGGCUAACCUGAACUAUAUAUAGUAAGGUGGUUUCAAAACAAAGACCAUUAUUUAAACUCUUAAAUAAGUUUUAAAAGAAAGUAAGGCAUUUCAAGCGAUGGAACAGUAGGGAAUGCCUGGUCAGAUCUGUGGCAUUUCUUCAUUCCCCCUUUCAAAGCAAGUUUUCUAAAACAGCUUCUUAGUAAGUUAGCAUUGUCCGUAUUUAUGAAAUAAGGGAUGCGUCCAAGCUCCAGUGACAGCCUUACAAGAAAGCUAUUUUCUAAAGAGAUCUAUUUUCUAAAGUAUAUGUUGUCAACCACAAAGUAUCUACAGGCAUCAUUGAAGAAUAUGCAAGGACAUCAUGGCCACUUUGCCUAAAGGGUACAUGUGUCACUGAGAACUACUCCAACCCUGACCUCUAGUUGUCACCUUUGGAGGUAACAGUCUAAAGUUCUCAGAUUUAUAGUGUUUGCUCAGAUGGCUUUAAUCCCAGCAUUAGGAAGGAGAAGCAGGAAACAUCUCUGAGCUCUAACUCAGCUAGUGAGGUGCUGUCUCAAGAAGCUGGCUCCACUGGGGAAAUAGGGCUUAGGGGUACUGGGUGCUCUCCCAGCACCCACAUGAUGGUUCACAACCAUCUGUAACUCACUCCUCAGGACCUGACACCAUCUUCUGAUUUCCAGAGACACUGCAUGUGGUGCUCAGACAUUCAGGCAAACACUCAUAAAAUAAAAAAAUUUAAAAGGUUGGUUGUGGUGGUACAAGCUUUUAAUUCUAGCACCUGGUGGGUGGGACAGAGGCAGGUGGAUCUCUACAUAGUGAGUUUCAGACUGACCAAGGUAGAAAGACCCUGUCUCAAAAACAACAACAAAAACCCAAAAGGAUUAAAAAGUAUAGCAAUCAGAUUAAAACUUAUAAGAAAGCAAUAACAGUCACCAGGAUGGCCGUGGAAUAACGGACAAAGUAGCCACAUUUGUAGUCUAAGCCAUAAGGCUCGUUGAGUAGAAGUGACUGGUGCAACCACUAAAAAGUCUUGGCUAUGGGGGCUUCCAGGCAAUCCAAGCAGAUAUCUGUUAACCUUCAAGGAGGGUAAGAAUUGGUGGAAGGAACCAUGGUGGCUCAUGCCUGAAACUCAACCGAAUAAAAGAAAUGGUGUAAGUA